AUGGACUCGUUUGCGAAAAAAGUACGAACGUUCGAUGCGUUUCCUAAGGUGGAUUCUCAACACACGGUGAGGUCACAGCGAGGAGGGUUUUCUACCUUGAUGACAGCAUUCUGUGGCCUUUUGAUAGUGUGGGUAGAGAUAGGUGGCUUUCUUGGUGGAUAUGUCGAUCAUCAAUUCAUAGUUGAUAACGAGAUCAAGUCCUCUCUUGUCAUCAAUGUGGACAUGCUCGUAGCCAUGCCUUGCGAGUUUCUCCAUACAAACGUAGAAGACAUUACGAAAGACCGGUAUUUGGCUGGAGAGACACUCAACUUCCAGGGAACCAACUUUAUAACACCACCCACGUUCAACAUCAACAAUAUCAACGACAAACACGAUACCCCGGACUUGGACGAGAUUAUGCAAGAUUCACUCAGAGCCGAAUUCAGCGUAUCUGGAGCUCGCAUUAACGAAGGAGCUCCAGCUUGCCACAUCUUCGGUUCGAUUCCGGUUUCGCAUGUAAAGGGUGAUUUCCAUAUCACAGCCAAAGGCUUGGGCUACAGCGACAGACUGCACGUCCCUCUUGAAGCCUUGAACUUCAGUCAUGUAAUCCAGGAGUUCUCCUUUGGCGACUUUUAUCCAUUCAUCAACAAUCCCUUAGAUGCCUCAGGAAAAUUGACGGAAGAGCCUUUGAUUUCGUACCUGUAUUUCGCAAAAGUCGUGCCCACCUUGUACCAGCGUUUGGGAUUGGUUGUAGAUACGAACCAAUACUCGUUGACAGAGAAUAACCAUGUCUUCAAGUUGGAGCACAAGCGCCCUACGGGAAUUCCUGGAAUCUUCUUCAAGUACGAUUUUGAGCCAAUUAAGUUGAUCAUCAUUGAGAGAAGAUUGCCAUUUAUCCAGUUUGUAGCCCGUUUAGCCACAAUUGUAGGCGGUUUACUUAUUCUCGGAGGCUACCUCUUCCGUAUGUACGAGAAGAUCUUGGUAGUACUCUUAGGAAAAAAAUAUGUUGACAAAGACAGAGAAAAGAAAUCCGGGGGAAUUCUUGACAACGACGUCAAACAGAAAAUCAACUCCGACUAA